GACUCCCUUCACGCAAUUGUAUACUUACAUCGUCACGAAACUAAAGUACCAAUACAGACUCUGAAAGUCUGCUGGCCAGAGCGUAUGUACUACGUACAUAGCACAUGGAUCGCCUCAAAGUGGCCUUCUCAAUGGUAUAUGUCUACCAACCCAAUUUUGUUUACCUUGAGACCUUCCCUAGUUCGACCCAACUCGUCGCUUUCCAGCCAUAAGACAUGAGUCAAGAUCCGGAGGUGAGCUCCAAUCCGUCCCCGGAUUUGACGGCCGACACGCUCAACGCCGCAUGUGCUCUCGCCUCCCAAGGGUUGUUGUCCAGGUUUAAGCCUCGAUCCGGACAAUUUCAACAAAAGAUCCAGGACUUGAACGAUCAACAAGUGGAACUAGUCGACCGGGUUGAAGCCGAGAAAGACAAGUUCGAGAAAGGGCUAGAGGAUUUUCCCCUAAGCGAGAUGAUCAGCCGCACCCAGAGCUAUCACGGCAAGCUCCUUGAUCUUCAACGUGAGAUGAAGGCCAUGAGCGAGCGAUCCCAAGGCAUGAAAGCACGGGCUUUGCGGCUGCAAGAACUCAAACAAGCCGAGGCCUUGACCCGGGUGAAUCGACUCCAGAGAGAGGCGGACAAGGAAGAACAAUUGAUCGCCAAACCCGCUCAGCAAUCCUAG